GGGAUCUAGCUGCUACCGUACUAGUCAGACAUGCUGGGGUCAAAGUACAGUCCUGCGUUCUACACCUGAUUCCGGGUAGCUUCUGCUCUCUGUCUAGCUGUGUAACUAACCAGGAGCUCCGUGAGCGUGGUGAAUUGUUUGGUGGAGAGCGGUUUACCCCCAUGAAGAAUCGGCUUAUCCUAGACCUGGUUUCUAGGACGGAUACAGCAAAGGCAGUGGCCAGCUCAUCUGUGGAAUUAACCUGCCUGUUUGGUAGCAGCACCGCAAAUCUUGCCCUUAUUAAGCAGGGUCUGUAUCACACUAAGCCCGCAGCGGAGGUAAGCGGAUAUAUUGCUCCUAAUACUGGAUGACUGCAGAGACUAAGGCCGUAUGGAUGUGACACCUUCAGAUGACUCAGCGGUAGAGCACGGAGGAGAACCGGAUGUGUUAGAUCACUCGAAGACUGAGGAGGAUGAAGUUCUUAUAAAUACGUCUACAGGGCGUCUAGCGGAAAACCCGGGCACUGGGCUAUUAAAUUGUAAGGAAGAGGAUGAGACAGAUGACAUAAAUAGUCAUCAGACUAAAAUUCAUUGGUCCCUCCCUACCGAUGAAGAUAAAGCUGAUAUAGUGAAAGUUGAGAUAACAGAAGAUUUGUGUGUGAGGCGUCAACAGGGAACCCCGGAUGAGGAAACCAGUGGCAGUAUCAGCCCAGGUGGAUUCACAAAUUGCAAUAAUCCUGGUAAUGGUCAAAGUGCUGAUGCUUCAUUCAGUCUUUUCCAAAAUAGAAGAAGCCAUGAAGAAAAUGUAUAUUCUGAAUGUGGGAAUUUUUCAACCAGGAAAUCACAAUAUAUUACUCAUAUGAAAUGUCAUACAGAAGAGAAAGAAUUUUCAUGUUCUCAAUGUGGGAAAUGUUUUAAUAAGAGAUCAAAUCUUAUUACUCAUAUGAAAAUCCAUACAGGAGAGAAAGCAUUUUCAUGUUCUGAAUGUGGAAAAUGUUUUACCAAUAAAUCAACUCUCAUUAGUCAUCUGAAGAUUCAUACAGGAGAAAAAAUAUUUUCAUGCUCUGAAUGUGGGAAAUGUUUUAGUCAAAAAUCAAAUCUUAUUACUCAUUAUAAAACUCAUACAGGAGAGAAAGCAUUUUCAUGUUCUGAUUGUGGGAAAUGUUUUAGUCAGAAAUCAAGUCUUAUUACUCAUCAGAAAAUCCAUACAGGAGAAAAGGCAUUUUCAUGUUCUGAAUGUGGGAAACGGUUUACUCAGAAAUCCACUCUUAAUAUUCAUCAGAAAAUUCAUAGAGAAGAGAAAUCAUUUUCAUGUUCUGAAUGUGGGAAAUGUUUUACUCGGAAGUCAAGUCUUAUUAUUCACCAGAAAACUCAUACAGUACAGAAACCAUUUUCUUGUAAUGAAUGUGGGAAAUGCUUUACUCGGAAAUCAAAUCUUAUUGCUCAUCAGAAAAUUCAUACAGCAGAGAAAGCCUUUUCAUGUUCUGAAUGUGGAAAAUCCGAUAUUAAAAAGGCAAAUAACUGACAUUGUAAUAUAAAAUGUUUAAAGGGUCACAAAGCCCAAAAUUUCUCUGAGCAUACAUUUUAAACAACUUUUGUGGAAGGAGGAGAAAUGCACUACUAGGAUCUAGCUGAACACAUUUUAUGAGCCAAUGACAAGAGUUAUAUAUGUGCAGCAACCAAUCAUCUGCCAGCUCCUGAGCCUACCAAAAUAGUAAGCAAAUUAGAUAAUGGAAGUAAAUUAAAAUGCUGUUUAAAAUGGCUGUUUUAAAAAUCUGAAUCGUGAAGGGAAAAAAUGUGGGUUUUAUGUCACUUUAAUUAUGUGUAUUAAAACAACUUUGCAUUUUUUUCCAUUAUUUAUUAUGUCCUUUUUUCCUGUAAUGUAACUCUACAAAUUGUGGGCUUUCCAAAUCCCAUGUGUUUCUAUUAAGUAAUGGGUAAUGCACGUUGAAACCUAGAUGUCACAGAUGUGCCAUCCCUGACCUUUUAAUGGGGACAUAACAUAGUUCUUUUAUCAUUUAUUGUAAUCAUAGGAAAAGGACUUGUGAAAUGUGUGUUGUAAAAUGUUACCAGGGACAGUUGGAACGGCACCGCUGAUAAAACAAUACGUCCAGCAAGCUCCCUACCUGCCCGGGCUGUUUUAUGUAUUAAGAGCAUGUGACGAUUAACAACAAUUUGUAACCAGGCAAAUUCAAUGUCAUAGAAUCUAUUACUCUGAAUGGCUGGAACAUACAUUUGAUUAUUUCUGCUCUAGCCAUUAAGGAAAUGAGUUAAUAAACAACCAAGAAAUGUUGCAGUGGACUUUCUACAA